AUGAUCACCUGCUUGUCUACAAUAGUGGUUGCUAUCGUUGGGGAGAAUAUAUUUGAUAUAGAGACAUCAGUCAUGAUAUCAACCAAUGAAUUGAAAGUAUCCAAAAACUCAAACACUCCUUUUCAGUCUCACUCUCUUACGACAAUUAAUUCAUCCAUUCCUUCAUCAUCUCAAUCUCGAACAUUGAUUUCAGCAAAAAAUAUUCCAUCCUAUGAACUGGACAUUGCUACAAAAAUAUGUCUCUCAAUUUUACAUUUCUUAAUGGAAUUUAUUGAAUUGUGUGUGGUGGUGUACAUGAUGCAUCACUUUUCUCCAAAGAAAUUAAUAGCAUCAUUGAGUAAUCAAAAAGUACUUGUGAGGAGUGCUAUCAUUGCAGGAUUUGUUUCAAUUUUAGAUAAUGCAGUAGCCAUAUCGGUCAUGUUUAUAUUUCCAUAUUACAAUGAAUUAGGAUUUCCAUCCAUCAUGACUACAAGUGUAUUAGAAAGUGCUUUACAAGAUACAAUUGUGAGUGGAUUGUUCAUGACCAUGUAUUGUGUAAUUUUAAUUUUACCAUGUUUAAGAUGUAUGAGAGAUCGAGUUCCACAGAGAAAAUCGUUCUAUGUAUAUAUCAUGUUUUUAAUGACCUUACAUGCAAUUACGUGCUCUGGAAAUGUAUUACUAUUGACAUGUCAAUCGGUUGGAAUUUGUCUGACCAUGUCCUCUCGAGUGUUAUAUUAUGCUCUAUUUGGACCAGUUCUCUAUUUCACUUUCUUGCAUUCGAAUUUAAAUCGAUCGGUUUAUGAUCAAAUUGUGAUGGAGGCAGAACAGGCACAAAACCAUCGUGAUGGCAAUAGUAGUAGUCUUGGUGUUCCUCGAGUACCCUCUAAUGCUGCAAUGAACAUUGAUCGAGUGUUUGAUGAUGACGAAGAUGAAGAGGAGAGAAUGAGAACUCUUCUCUCCAAUGUAAAGAAAAACAAGAGACGUUUUAGAAAUCAACCUUCAAGUCGAUUGGAUGAAGAUGAUUACGGUGGUAUGCAUCACGAAGAUGAUGACGAAUUCCUUAAUAAUACUCAUCGCACGGUUGGUAAUUUCAGAUAUCAAGGCUCCAUUCAAUAA